UUGAAGGUCUGUCGAGGUCGAGAGCACUAUUAGUCGCGAGCAUAUGCUAGGACUGGUUCACUCAGUUGAUUUAUAAAUUGGUAUGUCAAAACCGUUCCGAUUCUUGAAGACAAGCUCAUUUUUUCUCCUCCUUUUUUCUUUCUGUUCCCUCCAUUCUCUUCUUCCUUUUACGCUCUCUCUACAUGCAUUUGAUGGGGCCUCAAAUCUCAGAUCUCUCAAAACAUGAUUGCCUUUUUGUCAUUCUUUGGCACAAACUCCCAGCUUCACUCGCAAAGUUAGAAUAGUACACAAAGAGAGGGCCUUUAUACUGAACUUGUCAAGAGCCUCAAAUUUUCUAUCCAUUUGACUCCAAAAAAGUGAUGACUGCUUUGGUCAAAGUGAUUCUUGGCUCAAUAGCCUUUGCAGUCUUCUGGUUCCUGGCUGUUUUUCCAGCUGUUCCAUUUCUUCCCAUAGGACGAACUGCAGGUUCGCUUCUUGGAGCUCUAUUAAUGGUGGUCUUUCAAAUUCUAGACCCGGGCGAUGCUUAUAAUGCAGUAGACCUACAAAUACUUGCUCUUCUCUUUAGCACUAUGGUGGUAAGUGUGUACCUUGAAAGAGCAGACAUGUUCCAAUACUUGGGAAAGUUUCUCUCGUGGAAGAGCAACGGCGUGAAGGACUUGAUAUGCCGAAUCUGCCUGGUUUCGGCUGUUUCGAGCGCUCUCUUCACCAACGACACUUCAUGCAUGGUCUUGACCGAGUUUGUGCUCAAGAUUGCUAGGCAAAAGAACCUCCCGCCCUAUCCACUUUUGCUAGCGCUCGCUUCGAGUGCGAAUAUUGGGUCGUCAGCAACUCUGAUAGGGAACCCUCAAAACUUGGUGAUCGCCAUCGAGAGUGGGUUGUUCAGUUUUGGGAGCUUCAUGGAAGGCAUGCUUCCGGCAAUGAUUGUGGGGCUCGUGUUGAAUGCAUUCAUCCUCUUGGUUAUGUUUUGGAAAGUGUUAUCCAUUCAAAACGAGGACGAGGAAGAUGUGAAUUUACGUAGGCUUUUGCCCGCCACCAUGUCACACUUACCCUCAAACAUGAAUGAGAAUAGGAAUGUGGGACACGCAGACACACAAGGUCUCGAGAGCCGAGUGUCUUCGGACGAGCAUGAAACGACGCAUCUGAUCGUCCAUGAGAUGUCCGAGUGUGACGUAGUACCGAACACAUGGACGAAAUGGAGGAGGAUAUUGUGGAAGACCUGUGUGUAUUUGGUCAUGGUAGGAAUGUUGGUUUCUCUGUUAAUGGAUUUCAAUAUGUCCUGGACGGCGACUGGCGCAGCUCUUGCCCUAAUCGUUCUUGGUUUCGAGGACGCUGGACCAUCCCUAGAGAAGGUUUCGUAUUCCCUCUUGGUGUUCUUUUGCGGGAUGUUCAUCACCGUUGAAGGAUUCGAGAAAACUGGGAUCCCAUCUUUGCUUUGGGAUUAUGCGGAGAGAUAUGCGGAGGUCACGAGUGCAAAAGGCAUCGCCAUUCUUGCCCUUGUCAUCCUUGUUCUCUCCAAUUCCCUCUCGAAUGUCCCAACUGUCUUAUUGCUGGGGGCAAGGUUAACAGGUUCAAGAGCUUCCAUGUCACUAGACGACCUCAAGAAGGCAUGGCUGAUUCUGGCUUGGGUCAGUACCGUGUCCGGAAACCUCACGCUUCUGGGCUCGGCCGCCAACUUGAUUGUGUGUGAGCAGGCCCGGCGCUCGCCUCAUCUCGCUUACAACUUAAGCUUUUGGAGGCACCUCAAGUUCGGAGUCCCAUCCACGAUUGUAGUGACUGUCGUCGGUUUAACACUUAUUAGUUAAAUGAUCAUGGGCGUGAUCACGCAGCAGCCUGCAAAUUUUGCUGAUGAUAGAACUUCAGAUGAUGAGAGUGUGUUGUAGUGACUUCGACUAAGGGAGCACUCGCGUGGCCAGAAAGGGCAAAGCUUUAACUUGGUUUUUGUGAUCAGCUAGCUACUCUAUAUUUGGUGAAGAUCUUGUACUCUACGAUACUUCUAGAGAUGUAGAGAUUCACAUCAAUAAAGUAGUACCAUAUAAAUUCAA